ACCGACACUAGAGGCGGGAGGUGUUGUUUUUGUUAGGCUAGCUACAUGCGCUCGUGCCGACAGUACCGGUGAUGGCUCACCCAUGAGGUGGCGGAGAGAGCCCGUGUUUGCCGUCUGAGCGUCGUGGGAAGGCUUGCGGACAUGGCCGGGGUUUUUGACAUCGAUUUGGAUCAACCGGACGAGAAUGUCUCUGACGACGAACUUGAAGAUGGGGCUCAGCUCGGUGAAUACAUGGAGCAGUGCAGCAGCUUUGAUUUUAACAUGGAUGACUGUGAGAGGUUUGAACUCUCAGAAAACAACGUGAACACGGGAACAGAGCAGAUCCGACCGGAAUGCUUUGAGCUGCUGAAAGUUUUGGGAAAAGGCGGCUAUGGAAAGGUGUUUCAGGUUCGGAAGGUAUCGGGUGCCAGUUCUGGGAAGAUAUAUGCUAUGAAAGUUUUGAAGAAGGCCAUGAUUGUGCGGAAUGCAAAGGACACGGCGCACACCAAAGCAGAGAGAAACAUUUUGGAAGAGGUGAAGCAUCCGUUCAUUGUGGACCUCAUCUAUGCCUUCCAGACUGGUGGGAAGUUGUACCUCAUUCUGGAGUACUUAAGCGGGGGGGAACUGUUUAUGCAGCUAGAAAGAGAGGGCAUCUUCAUGGAGGACACAGCAUGUUUUUAUUUGGCUGAAAUCUCAAUGGCUCUGGGUCAUCUGCACCAGAAGGGCAUCAUCUACAGAGACCUGAAGCCAGAGAACAUCAUGCUCAACGACAGCGGACAUGUGAAGCUGACAGACUUUGGUCUUUGCAAAGAGUCCAUCCAUGAUGGAACAGUCACUCACACCUUCUGUGGCACCAUCGAGUACAUGGCCCCAGAGAUCCUAAUGAGGAGCGGACACAACCGGGCCGUGGACUGGUGGAGUCUGGGAGCUCUCAUGUAUGACAUGCUGACAGGAGCACCUCCAUUCACAGGUGAAAACAGAAAGAAGACUAUUGACAAAAUCCUAAAAUGCAAACUCAGCCUUCCACCUUACCUCACACAAGAAGCCAGGGACCUCCUGAAAAAGCUGCUGAAACGAAGUGCCUCAUCACGACUUGGAGGCGGACCCGGAGAUGCUGCUGAAGUCCAGGUCCACCCGUUCUUCCGGCAUAUAAACUGGGACGACCUCCUCGCUCGCAAAGUAGAACCUCCCUUCAAACCCUUUCUUCAAUCAGCUGAUGAUGUGAGCCAGUUCGACUCCAAGUUCACCAGCCAGACUCCAGUAGACAGUCCUGACGAUUCUACGCUCAGCGAAAGCGCUAAUCAAGUCUUCCUGGGUUUCACAUAUGUAGCCCCAUCCGUGCUGGAAAACGUCAAAGAGAGGUUCUCCUUCGAGCCAAAGCUGCGCUCACCGCGGAAGUUCCCUGGAAGCUCCAGAACCCUUCUGAGUCCGUUGAAGUUUUCUGGGGGGGACUCCUGGCUCCGUGGACCACUGCUGUCCGGCAAUCCUUCCACGCUUUCCCCGGGCAGCUCUGUGGAGCAGCCCGUGGAGGUGUUGGGAGUGGAGCAAAUGGACACAAGCGGCGGCGGUGGCACCUCUGAGGUGUCUUCUCCACUUCCCAUCAGGCCACCCUCAGGCAUCCAAGCCGGGCUCUUCAAGAAGCAGGCCUACCCCAUGAACUCCAAGCGACCCGAGCACCUGCGAAUGAACCUAUGACCCUUGGCCUGCUAUAGCUCUCUUUCAAUUGCUGUCCCUUUUUUCUAGUUUCUCUUUCAAAUACCUGUAGAAGAUGUUUUCUAAAAUGUGACUGUUGAUGCUGAUCACCAGCUCCUCCAGCGGCACCUUCACUUCCUUGGCCUCCAAAGUCCUUCUUUUGCUCACCUGGCCUCCUGAGCUCAGCAUUAUUAAUCAGCUGAUUUAGCCUAAUUCCUGAUGAGGCGUGAAGUCAGUUGUUAAACGAGGUGUCAUGUGACCUGGCAUUAUGAUUUUCUGGUGCUCUAUGAGAGUUUUUUGUUUACAGCCAGUUCACCAGUAACAGUGGACUGUUUCCACAGGCCUUUUGUUUUUACCAAACUGUUAAAAAGAUUGAUUGGCUUUUUUUCAAUGAACAGGGUCGUGCUGCCUUUGUCGUGGAUCAGGGGGCGGAGCCAGAGUGAAGGAUGAGAAAUUAGCAAAAAAUACAAGGGCAGUUUCAGUUGAGCAUCUCAUCAUCCACGACCAAAUGCUCGCACCGCUUCACUUGUAUGAAUGUAGAAGCUUGGUUUUGAAUGUAAACACUCCAAAGGCUUUCUUUAGGAUGUUUAGUCUCCUGCCGGUCACGGAGAAGAGCCUCAGACCAAGCUGCACAGCAGCCCAAAGUCCUCUCAAGCUUAAAGAUGGAAGUUGCAUUUUUGUUUUGAGUGUUGGUAUUGGACGGGUACAGAGAGCGGACCACUGACCCUAACCUGUCUGAGCUGAGAGGCUGUACUGGGUUCUGGAGUGAAGUCACACAGAUUCCCUCAACAGAACUGGAACAUUCAAAAGUUGUGUUCAUUCUCAAGAUGUUAAGAGUUUAGACCAAAAGUUUGAAAGCAGCUGAAGGGAUGAGUGAUCAGAGAAGCCUUCCUAACUUUUAAAUAGUCCUUUUAAACCGAUUUGAGUUCAUCUGGAAGCUUUGUGAAAAUGAGGAGUUUUAUUUAUUUCUGGUGCCACUGUGCUUCCACUGCAUCAUGCACACUAUGCAAAUAAUGUAUUUAUGUAGUGUUAAGGCAGCAGAAUGUCUCCUGAUUUUUUGUCAUAAUCAUGUACAGUGUAAUUUAAUGUCUUAAAACCUCAGAUUUUCUGUUUUUUUAUUUGGAGUGAGCUAGAAUGACGGUAUUUAUUUUGUGCCAUGUUUCCUCACUGGGAUUCUCAGACUGCCGGCCCAGAGAGGUCAGCGUGUUGUUCUGCAGAGCUUGAAGCAGGUUUUAAAGAACAGUGAGAGUUGUAAUGUGCCUUUGGUUGCAGUGUACAGUUCAUUUGUAAAGUUGGAUGUAAAUUAAAGAGGAAGGAGGCCCAGGCUGCAGGUGGAAA